CUUUUCAUGCUACUCUCCCUCUGAAACCAACUCCUCUCCAACACCACCCAAAUCUCCCCCUUAUAUACACAUUCCCUUUGCCUUUCUCCAAACUCAGAUAACUUCCUUUGCUCAGUCUCCUCCUCGUAGUCUUGUAAAGAUGUCGAAGGUCGAGAGAAACGGCACUAAUGGUUCUUCCGGGCAAUAUCGUUCCCCAAGUAGGUAUGCUCCUACGCCGGGGAAGGCAACCGUCCUUGCAUUGGGCAAGGCCUUCCCGAGCCAGCUCAUCCCUCAAGACUGCUUGGUCGAGGGCUACAUUCGCGAUACAAAAUGUGAAGAUGCCGCCAUCAAGGAGAAACUGGAGCGCCUGUGCAAAACCACCACUGUGAAGACUAGAUACACAGUGAUGUCCAAGGAGAUCCUAGACAAAUACCCUGAGCUAGCAACAGAGGGCACAGCCACCAUCAAACAGCGGCUUGAAAUCGCAAACCCUGCCGUGGUGGAGAUGGCGUUGGAAGCCAGCCUUGCUUGCAUCAAGGAAUGGGGAAGGCCAGUUGAAGACAUCACUCACAUUGUCUACGUCUCCUCAAGUGAAAUCAGACUCCCAGGCGGCGACCUCUACCUCUCAAGCAAGCUCGGCCUAAGGAACGAUGUUGGCCGCGUCAUGCUCUACUUCCUAGGCUGUUACGGUGGUGUCACCGGCCUCCGCGUUGCCAAAGACAUAGCUGAAAACAACCCUGGAAGCCGCGUCUUGCUAACCACUUCCGAGACCACAAUCCUUGGCUUCAGGCCCCCCAACAAGGCGCGCCCUUACGACCUUGUAGGGGCAGCGCUAUUCGGGGACGGAGCUGCAGCUGUGAUCAUUGGAAGCAACCCAAUAGCAGGACAAGAGUCUCCUUUCAUGGAGCUCAACUACGCCGUCCAGCAGUUCCUCCCCGGGACUCAUAAUGUGAUCGACGGCAGGCUGUCGGAGGAAGGCAUUAACUUCAAGCUUGGAAGGGACCUGCCCCAGAAAAUUGACGAGAACAUAGAGGAGUUUUGCAAGAAGCUGACCGUGCCAGCGAAAGCAGAGCUGAAGAACUUCAACGAGCUGUUUUGGGCCGUGCACCCGGGCGGACCUGCGAUUCUGAACAAGAUGGAGAGCACGCUGAAGCUGAGCAGUGAUAAGCUGGAGUGCAGCAGAAGGGCACUGAUGGACUAUGGGAACGUGAGUAGCAACACCAUUUUUUAUGUGAUGGAAAAUAUGAGGGAGGAGUUGAAGUUGAAGAAGAAGGAGGGGAGGGAUGAGGAAUGGGGACUUGCCUUGGCAUUUGGACCUGGGAUUACUUUUGAAGGCAUUCUCCUUCGCAGCCUCUAGUGGUGUGAAUUGUCUCAAUAAACUACGAGGGUUGUGCAUAUUGCACGCACAAUAGAAUUUCGUUAAUGAAAUUCCGAAAUGGUGUUGUUUCAAUUUAAUUUAAUUUGGUCAUUUUAAUGAAAUGGAGUUGUUCGAAUUUUGAUUCCUUGGUAUCAGGGCUAUUGAAGACAUUAAA